UGGUAAAUCUAAGAGAGAAGUCUAUCAUGUCUUUGCUGUCAAUAGUAGCUGCUAUCUAGCAUCAGUGUGCCUCAGACAAGCAAGAAACAAGUGCAAGUUGACCUCUGGCAAGCAUGGAGCACUCAUCACCAGAAUUCACAGAGCAAAACAAUGCCAUUGGCUACCUGAAAACAGGCGACAUAUUUACUCCCCUGACAAACUUUACUUUCAAGUUCGUUUGCAGAGUUUCGUCACCUUUUGAAAGUGAUGACAACACAGAUUACAGUGGCUUCAUUGUGGAGGUGAAGGCCUCUGGAACAGACGACAAGGGGGUUUGUUUUCUUCCCUGGCAUAAAACCCACCAAAAAGGCUUUAACAUUGCUAAAGAGUUGGGCAGUGCUGUUCCCGAGAAAUUGUUAAUGUCUAAGCUUAAAAGCAGUCAGCUCACUGACAUCUUCUGGAACAAGCUUGUGGACUUCGAAAAUGACCCUGACUAUUCUCGAAGAAUCAAAAAAGCAAUUGUUGCACUAGGAAGGCAGCCUGAUAGUGAGAUUAUUGUUCUCAGUCCUUAUGUCCAUGUGAAAGAGGACGGUGAGAUCAUACCACUUCGAGAAUGCACUUACGUAUGGGUCGAGAGUGUAAUCAAGAAAGAAGGAGUAGUUCCAAGCGGGGUACAGUUUUACAAGACACUCCCUACCAUCCCUACUCCUGAUAGGCCAUUGGAUGUACUGUUAGGUGGCCUGCGUGAGCUGACUCAGAGCAAUUUCUACUCUGCUGUCUUUGUGUUAGGCUCUGUGGCUUCCUCGUUGUUUUAUGAGAAGCUACAAGCAACUUACGGGAGUUUUGGUGUCACAAUGGUUGUGGGAGAAGUAAACCGUGGUAAAACCAAGAGUGUGGAGCUCUGUCUAGCUGCACUAGGAGUCAGACAUGCUCGUUUCUCUUCCAUCAGUGAUGCUCUCUUACGGAAGUUGCUUCAUGGUGGUAUGCCGUGGUGUUUUGACGACCCUGACACGGCAGAGCAAGUUAUGAAGAUCCUGCUGACAGUCUUCGGUGGUAAUACAACUGGUAAUGCACUGUCAAGUGGCUCUUGUCGUGUGUCUCCUCUAGUAACAGCCAAUGUGCACAUUUUGGAUGCUCUAGCUUCAAUGGACAAGAGGGUGGUAUGCAGAGGAAGAAUUGUAAUGUUUCCUCAUCACCUUGAGUACAAUCUCCAGUCGACAGAGGCAAUAAAUGAGAUUUUCUCAUUGGCACCAGCAGCCGGACCAGCCGUUGUGAGGAUUGGGUACAAUGUGGCUUGUAUGCAGCCCACAAAGCUCAAGAAUAUUCAAGCACACAUUAAGGAGAUGUUACCCAACCUUGACUCCAGAGCAGUGAUUGAAUACAGUCUUCUUCUGGCUUCUGCUCUGGAGGCUUGUUUCAUUUUUGGAAUCAGCCCAUAAUCAUGA